AUGGAGGCGCCCACCGACGCCGGGCCGGCUUCCUCGGGCACCCUUCUCCAGCCCCUCUACUACAGAACCCUGUCGACGCCGAAAGAAGAGUUUCUCGAAAAGCUAAAGCGCGUCAAGCCCGCCCGCGAGAUGGAAGCCGGCGACGCCGAUCUCCUCGACGGCCUCGUGAGCCGGAUCAAGAAGCCAACAGAGAUUUUUCAGGGCGCUCUCCGCGACGCGGUGCACUUCCUCAUGGCUUCUUUAGCCUACUGCUACGACGUCGAAGAGCUACCCUCAGGCGCCAAGGUGCCAAGGGGCAUUCUUCUGGAAGAAAUAGACGUAUUCAUUGACGCCUUCGAAGAUGCCAUUGGCACCUUUGACUAUGACACCUCGGACGGAUUCAGGAGUUUACCGAUAAAGGCGGUGACGACGAGGCCGAGGCCGCCGAGAUUCUCCCCAGUUCGAGACCUUUUAGUCUCCUCGUUCCUCUUGGGUUUCCGUCAAGCCGCCAUUCACAUCCUCGAGAUGUUGAGGUACACGCGAUUGCUCGUGGAGGCUCGGCAGCGGCGAAAGGACCGUCGUAGGAUCUACUGGCCCCGGCUGGCCGACUGGAUGGAAUGGCUCUAUCUGGGCGGCGAGCACGACGCCAUGGUCCUCCCUAAGGGAGCGCGGAGGUCUACCCAUUCGGCCGCCGCCUCGACUCCCGAGAAAGCGCCCAAGACGCUCGAUGCCGACGAACUCUCGCUCAGGACGGAACAUUCCCUCAUAAGGCACAUUACCAGGGACACUGAGGCGGGGCGGUCCCGCGCUGGCUCCAUCGCUAAGGAAUCCCAGGCUAGCAAAAAGAAGAAGAAGAAGAAGAAGAAGAAAAAGUCUGUCAAGUUUAAGGAUUCGAACGGGCUCAAGAAACCGUCGAAAUCGAGCUGGAUCAUGACGCUCCGGGGCCGAGCCGCCGAUGCGGUAGAGUGGGUGAGAGAGUCGGACGACGUCGAGUAUGCUUUCAAACUCGUCGUCGCCGUCGCCCUCGUCACCUGGCCAGCGUUUUUGCCCUCGUGGCAGGCGUGGUACGUGGAUAUCCGUGGGCUGUGGGCGCCUCUUCAGCUCGUUCUCGUCUUCGAGGUUUCCAUCGGCACGUCGCUCAUCGUCUUCUUCAUGCGUCUCGGCGGCGUCAUUGUCGGUUGCACCACUGGUUAUAUCGCAUACCUCGCCGGACACCACAUCCUCGUGUUGGCCAUCAUCGUACAAAUGCUCGUCAUCAUCCCUAGCGCCUACAUUCAGCUCGAGACCAAGUAUGUCAAAGCCGGUAUUGUUUGCAUCACGAGCUCCGCAGUCGUGACAUGCGCCUCAUUCAGCAACUCCAAGUCCGCCGUCGCCAUAUACUACACUCGUCUCGCCUCCUUUCUCAUCGGCGGAACCGUCGCGAUCCUAGUCGAAGUCUGCUUGUACCCGGUCCGAGCAAGAGACCGCCUCAUCCAAUCCCUGUCCUCGGCCAUUCAAGAGAUUCUCCGCGUCCAGGGAGCCGUCUCCAUCGGCAUAGACGACCCGGAUCUGGGCCACCACUCGGCCCGCGCCCAAGCCGUCUUCACCUCCUCCCGCAACCGGACCCGAGCGGCGCUCGCCGCGGCCGAAACCUUCCUCCCCUUUUGCGAGCUCAAUCCCUUGAUCUACACGUACCGGCGCAACGUCGCCGGCGGCGUCACAAUCAGCAUCUUCGCCGUAAACGAAGCCCUCACCACCCGCCUGCCCCUCCCGCAGUUUCUCCCUUCCAACCGCACGGCUCAGCUCCGCCUCAUCACGCGGGUUCGCGAAGUCGUCGCGACCCGCCGCCUACGCGACCCCACCGCCAACAUCUCCCGCCCGGCGACCCCGACCUCGGACGCCUCUUCGCUCGACUCAGAGGAGCAAGUCUCCAUCCGCCACAGGGUCCUCUCCUGGAACGCCGAGACCGCCGGGCAGAUGGAGAUCAUCGAGUACAUUGAAGAGCUCGUUGAGCUGGCCAAGCUCCUCGUCGGCGUCAACGCUUUCCGCGGCGGCAUGCUGGAGAAGCCCGACCUCGGCACGUAUAUCCGCGGCGGUAAGCGCUUCGCCGACCCCGCGCCCGCGGCGCGAGCAGGCCAAGCCCAAGUCCGGGCUCAGGCGCCGGCUUUCCUUGAUAUCCGAGGAUGCUGCGGCCAGCGGCGUCCAGCUUCGCAGGGCCGCCACGAUUAG